AGAAUACCGCAAAGGCAACUGGACCAUAGAAGAGACGCUAGUCCUCAUCACCGCCAAAAAACUCGACGACGAACGCCGAACCAAACCCAGCUCCGCCACAUACGACCCUACUCCGUCCUGUGGCCGACCCUCCGGCGAGCUCCGGUGGAAGUGGAUUGAGAACUAUUGCUGGNAAACUCGACGACGAACGCCGAACCAAACCCAGCUCCGCCACAUACGACCCUACUCCGUCCUGUGGCCGACCCUCCGGCGAGCUCCGGUGGAAGUGGAUUGA